UACACACCACAAUCAGAUCCAAAAAAAGAAGAAGAAAGGAUGAAGAUCAGAUCAAUGAAGCUGAAGGAAGCACACAAGCACAACGGAGUGAGGUCGUACUGUACGAUACUGUGGGACCUCACUGCCGCCCACAUCGUGACGGCAUCCGCGGCGGAUGCCGUCAUUUCAAUUCACGAUGCGCUCUUGCCUUCGCUUACGCCGACGUAUAUUCGGAAUCAUAAAGAUGGGGUCACUAAUUUGGUUCUUAGUCCUAAUUCCACUUGCUUGGCCUCUGCAUCUAACGACCGAUCCGUUAAGCUUUAUAAAUUCCCUGGGGGAGAGUUUGAGACAAAUAUUUCCAGAUUCACAUUGCCUAUUCGUGCAUUAUCUUUCAACAGAUCUGGAACGAUGUUGGCAGCUGGUGGUGAUGAUGAUGGUAUUAAACUUAUUAACACAAUAGAUGGUUCAAUAGCAAGGGUUUUCAAAGGACAUAGAGGGUCUAUCACAGCGAUAGCUUUUGAUCCAAAAAGUGAAUACCUGGCAUCAGUCGAUUCAGUUGGAACUGUAAUGAUCUGGGAGCUCCAAUCUGGUGCAAUAGUUCACACUCUUAAACAUAUCGCUCCUAACACCACCUCCGACUUUUCAACCUUAACUGCACUUGGCUGGAGUCCAGAUGGUGAGAUGUUAGCUGUUGCUGGUUUGAAAAAUGAUGUGGUCAUGUAUGAUAGAGAUACUGCUGAAAAGCUUUUCACAUUAAGAGGUGAUCACACCCAAGCUGUGUGUUUUGUGGCUUGGUCACUUAAUGGAAAAUAUGUUGCUACCUCUGGUUUAGACAGGCAAGUUUUGAUCUGGGAUGUUGUUAAAAAACAAGACAUUGAAAGACAGAAGUUUGAUGAAGGAAUAUGCUGCAUGGCAUGGAAACCACAUGGGAAUGCAUUGGCUGUCAUUGAUGUAAUGGGGAAGUAUGGUGUAUGGGAUUCGGUUGUUCCAUCAUCUAUGAAGUCCCCAACAGAAGGAGUUCCCUCUUCGACUUCAAAAAGAAAUGAUGGUCUAGUCUUCUUUGACGAGGAAGAACACGAACCUAGUACAUCUGGCAGUCUAAGUGAUGAUGAUGGUGAAGACAGCCUUGCGGGUUCUGAACUACCUAGUAGAAAGAGAUUAAGAAAGCAUUCUACAUAUGAUGAAGAUUCAGAUGAGGAUAAUAAUGACGAGACAAGUUUACUUCCGAAAACUGAGUCCCGCAAAAAACCAUCCAUUGCUGGUAGGGGAAACAUGAAUAAUGGAAAGGCGACGUCAACAGUUCCAAUGGUGUUUAAUGGACCAGCAAUGCAGGAAGCUUUUCAGUCAGGUGCUACUCCCGUGCAGCCUGGUAAAAGAAGAUUUUUAUGUUAUAAUAUGCUUGGAAGUAUAACCACAAUGAAGCAUGAUGAAUACUCCCAUAUAGAGAUCGAUUUUCACGACACUGGCAGGCGACUCCGAGUUCCUGCAAUGACUGAUCACUUUGGUUUCACUAUGGCUUCCUUGAAUGAAAAUGGAAGUGUUUUUGCAAACCCAUGCAAAGGUGAGAAAAACAUGAGUGUUCUCAUGUACCGUCCAUUUAAAAGCUGGGCAAAUAAUAGUGAGUGGUCUAUGCGAUUUGAAGAAGAAGAAGUAAGAGCUGUAGCACUUGGUACUUCAUGGGUUGCUGCUGUUACAAGUUUAAAUUUUCUAAGGAUAUUCACUGAGGGUGGUUUGCAGAAGAAUGUUGUUUCUCUUGAUGGACCAGUUGUGACUGCAUCAGGCUUUGGGGAUGAACUUGCAGUGGUCACACAUUCCUGUCCCACUCUCCCUUCAAAUGAGCAGAUGCUAGAAUUUAUAGUAUUUAAAGUUUCUAAUGGAACCCAACUUGUUAGAGGACGGUUGCCAUUGACUCCUGGCUCAUGUUUAACAUGGUUUGGUUUCAGCGAAGAAGGUCAACUAAGUUCAUUUGAUUCCAUGGGUGUUCUCCGGGUGUUCACUAAUCAGUUUGGUGGCAGCUGGUUCCCCCUUUUUAGUGCUAAUAAGUUGAAAAAAAAGGAUGAAAACUACUGGGUGGUUGGAUUAAACUCAAGCAAGUUGUUCUGUAUUUUAUGCAAAUCUCCUGAUAAAUUCCCACAGACCAUUCCCAAACCAGUUCUCACCCUAUUGGAUUUUUCAAUACCGCUUGCAUCAUCUGACCUUGGAGCAGAAAAUCUUGAAAAUGAGUUCCUUGUUAGCAACAUGCAUCUUUCCCAGAUUCAAAGAAGGAUUCAUGAAACAGAGGCACUGGAUCAGGAUACCACGUCACUGGAUGAUCAGGCCUUUACAACAGAAACAGCCUUGGAUAGAUGCAUUUUGAGGCUCAUUGCAUCCUGCUGUAACGGGGAUAAGCUUGUGAGAGCAAUUGAGUUAGUUAAGCUUCUUUCACUCGAGAAAUCUGUUAGAGGUGCAAUAAAGCUUGUGACAGCAAUGAAGCUACCAAAUUUGGCAGAAAGGUUCAACACCAUAUUGGAGGAAAGGUUACUCAAAGAAGCUGCAGAGACUAUGCUUAAAGAAACAACAGAACCAAAUAGUAUGACGGGUACUGACACAAGCAAAAUAUUUACAUCACCAGAAGUCUGCAAGGCUCCAGAACCUGUGAACGAAUCACCAUCUGUGCAACUAUCCUCGCCUUCGUUUGUAAUAAAAAAGACUGUAGAAGAGCCAGCUACGGUGCAAUUAUCUUCGCCUUUAUUUAUGAAGAAAAAGACUGUGGAAGAGCCAGCUACUGUGCAAUUAUCUUCACCUUUAUUUGUGAAGAAAAAGACUAAAGAAGAGCCACCUAAGGUUGUUAAGGUGUCAGAACCGAAAGAAAGUACAAAAUCUGAAAAUAAAACUCCAGCCAAGAAGAUUGUAGAGCUGAAGGCAGGAAACAACCCGUUUGCAAAGUCAUCCUCAAACAAUCAAGAAAAAACCUCAUUGUUUGAUUCUCUUAAGAAGUUGAAGAAGAAUGAGAGUCCAAGUACUAAAUAAACCAUGGAGCAACAAGGUUCCGAAAAUGGUACUCGAUCACUCCUAGAUUUGUAUAUACAACUCAGUUUUGAUUGUGUUCCUUCUAUAUUAACAGUACGCCUAUUUUUUUUUUUUUUAAAUUUUUAUUUAUGUAUUUUAAAGAUUGAGCUGUAAGACAAAUAAACUGUUUGCUUAGAUUGACAGAAGUUUGUUUA